UUUAUCUCCUGAGUGUGGACAAGAAUGACACGCAUGUUGCAGACGUAAACAUCGAGGCAGCCGGGCAAGGUGAGCAACGAUGAAGGUGCAUAGAAUGUUGGCCUCGACGGGCAAAAUGUGCCUUCCCUCGAAAGACUAUUCGCCUUCCAUUGGGCCUCAACAGCCUCACAUAGCUGUAGCCCGGAACCAGGCGGUCCAAGACCCCUAUUUCUGUUGAGUUGUUGGGUACGCCACCCGCCAACAACCUCAAGCGUGAACCUGUCGACACGCCAUGACGAAGCAGUGGGAGAGGUACCGAGAAAUCAUCAUUGCCGAAUACAAGGGCCAAAACAAACCGCUCCACGCGGUCCAGCGGAUAAUGAAGGAAAAAUACGGCUUCAAGGCAUCCACCCGCGCAUACAGAUCUCGCUUGGAUAGAUGGGAGGUCCACAAGUAUGCGCGUCGCAAGCGCAUACGCUCCAUGAGCCCGAGGCGAGGGUCCAUAUCAGGUGACGCUGGGGGCCCGUCGCUGCGGCAGAGUCCCGAUGUCGAGGAAAGCAGCGCCCGCGCAGCGUCGCCAACCACUCCGACUGACUUGCGGAGCCCAGACCUUUGUGGUCUCGGGCCGAUGGCUGGGUUUCAGAGGACCAGCUCUACCAACCUCGUCGAACCACGAAUCCAAUAUGAUCAAUUCACGGUGUCUCCUCACGCCGCCGCGUUCCAGAAUACGGCAUUUCCAUCAGGCCAUUUCGGCCCCCGUAUUGAUUCGUUCGACCAGCAAGGGUUCGGUUGCUACCCGCCCAGCCCACUGUCCCUCCCUCGGCAAGCACCCAAGGAAAGAAUGAUUGCCAUGCCAGACAGGACCACGCUGCUUCAUCGCAACAACUCGACUGGCAUAUAUGGUGCCUAUGGGUACUCGAUAGACCUCCUCAACUCUGGCGGGUAGCAGUGACGUGAUGACUUGGACUCAGUGAGCAAGC